GUGUAAAUAAAACGACGAAAGCUACUCCGAUACAUGAAAAUGACCCUCGUUCGUCGUGUGUCACAUGUUUGCUACCACUUCGAAACAGUUCACAUAUGAACUUAUUUUAGUGUACUUCGAUCUAAUUAUUAGUGCAUUAGAUAUUUUGUAGUUGCGAAAUGUUAUAGAUUUUUAAUACGUAAUUAAGUCCACAUUCGAUUCGAAAUAUGAUACUACAGAAACUGUGAUUAUUUGAAAAUUUGGACUAAAGAAGCAUUCAAAGAUACGUCUCAUUUAUAUUGCACCAAAGGACACUUCAAUGACUAAAGACAAGAAGUUGGUCCUGCAUGCUGUGCACUGCAUCAACGUCCCAUCUAAAGUAUUGCACUGUAUUUUUUCUUACUUUGCCAAACACAUCGUAUACGUAAUAAGCAUAUAAGGAAGUAUGGCUGCCUACAUCAAUCGUACAAUGUCCAUGAUUGGAGGAGACAGCCACUUGAGAUCAACAGAUAUAAGAUCCGAUAAUUCUCCCCUUCAGAUUUUCGUUAAAGCCAAGAAGAAGAUCAACGACAUCUUUGUGGAAAUAGACGACUAUGUGCAGGAUACUGUGGGAUUUAUGAAAUCGUUACAAAUUGAACGCGAUAUAGUUACGAUUGAAGAAGCGCAGAAAAUCGCAAGCUAUGUUGAUAAAGUUCGGGCGAUUAGGGAUGUGCUUAAGCGGGAUCACAUGAAAGUUGCGUUUUUUGGAAGGACUAGCAACGGAAAGAGUACAGUUAUCAAUGCAAUGUUACACGAUAAGAUUUUGCCGAGUGGCAUAGGCCAUACGACAAAUUGUUUUUUACAAGUUGAAGGAUCAGAUAAUGGAGAGGCGUACCUCAUCACCGAAGGAUCUACUGAAAAACAACCUGUUCAAUCAGUUGGUCAAUUAGGUCAUGCUCUUUGCAAAGAAAAAUUAUGUGAAAGUCACUUAGUAAGAAUAUUUUGGCCGAAAGAAAAAUGUUUAUUAUUACGAGAUGAUGUAGUAUUUGUCGACAGUCCUGGAGUGGACGUAACACCCAACCUAGAUGACUGGAUUGACAAACACUGUUUGGACGCAGAUGUGUUUGUUUUAGUAGCCAAUGCUGAAUCUACUUUAAUGGUUACCGAAAAAAAUUUUUUCCAUAAAGUGUCUACGAAAUUAUCCAAACCUAAUAUUUUUAUUCUCAAUAAUCGAUGGGACGCUUCUGCUUCAGAACCAGAAUUCUUCGAGCAGGUAAGGGCACAGCAUCAAGAUCGCGCCGUCGAUUUCUUAGCAAGAGAAUUGAAAGUUUACACUCCGAAGGACGCCGAGGAACGCGUUUUCUUUAUUUCGGCGAAAGAGACACUCCAAGCUCGAAUGCAAGAACAACGUGGCCAGCCUGCUCAUAAUGGUGCGCUAGCAGAAGGAUUUCAAAAUCGUUACUUCGAAUUUCAAGAUUUCGAACGAAAAUUUGAGGAAUGUAUCUCAAAGUCUGCUGUGAAAACGAAAUUCGAACAGCAUUCACAACGUGGGAAACACAUUUCCACAGAAAUUCGACAAACGUUAGACGAAAUAUUAGACAGAACGCAAAACAUGAAAAAAGAGCAAGUACGUGUUAAAAGGGAUGUCCAUGACAAAUUAAAUUUCACGGAACAACAAUUAAUGUUAUUGACCCAAGAAAUGAAGAAUAAAAUACACCACAUGGUGGAGGAUGUAGAACAGAGAGUAUCUAAGGCUCUGAGCGAAGAAAUUCAUAGACUAUCUGUACUGAUUGAUGAGUUCAGUGUUCCAUUUCAUACCGAUCCAUUAGUUCUAAAUGUAUAUAAGCGGGAACUUCACACGCACGUCGAAAACGGCUUAGGUUCUAACUUGAGAGCAAGACUCAGUACCGCAUUGGCGAUGAAUAUAGAAAAUUCACAAAGAGACAUGACGGAAAGAAUGGCAACCUUAUUGCCAGAAAAUAAAAGACAAGUGUCAUUGAACAUUUUACCAAGAAGGGAACCGUUCGAGAUUUUCUAUAGAUUGAAUUGUGACAAUUUGUGUGCGGAUUUCCAUGAAGAUUUAGAGUUUCGAUUCUCUUGGGGUAUUACGGCUAUAAUUAACAGGUUUGCAGGAAGACAAAAUAACAAAUUAGCCAUCGCUAAUUAUCCACAAGAUAUACCGCCUGCUAUAAUGUCUCCCACGGAAAGCGUUGAUUCUAUAAAAUUCGUGUCUGGUACCCCAAAUUUUCCACCGAGAUCAGACGAUUGGUCAUUAGCUUCUAAAAUUGCAAUAGCGUCUAUAACGUCUCAGGGUACAAUGGGAGGUCUCAUAGUUGCUGGUUUCAUGUUGAAAACAAUCGGUUGGAGACUUAUAGCUGCAACCGGUGCCAUAUAUGGUGCUUUGUAUCUUUACGAGCGAUUAACGUGGACUAAUAAAGCUAAGGAACGUGAAUUCAAACGUCAAUACGUAUCUCACGCGACGAAGAAAUUGAAAUUAAUUGUAGAUCUCACGUCUGCGAAUUGUAGUCAUCAAGUACAACAAGAGCUAUCGAGUACCUUUGCACGUCUGUGCCAUUUAGUGGACGAAACAACAACUGAAAUGGAUACCGACCUAAAACACAUUGCAAAUACAAUACGAAUACUCGAGGAAGCAACUAGUAGCGCUAAAGUAUUACGAAAUAAGGCAAACUAUUUAACGAACGAGCUCGAUCUGUUCGACGCGGCAUAUUUAAAGUCAUUAAACUAAGUAUCGAAUCUUAUGUCAUAUUUAAAAAGUAACGCGAACCAUAUGAAACGUUAAGAGAAUCUUUAAAUGUUUUGGAAAACAUGACCGUGCAUGUUAUGAUAGUUAAAGCUAACUCAUAAUACCGUAUACCAAUAAUGAAAUACCAAAUGCAUGUCUGGACGUAUUUUCCUAAACUAUUUCUGCGAACAGAGGGAAUGUUUUUACAAAAAAAAAUCUCUAGUCUUAAUGCAGGCAACCAGAACUUUGACAAAAUUUGUCGUUUUGAAUUUGUUAUGAAUUUGUCAUGAUACGAACCAAUGAUCUAUUUCUUAUUGUGUCUUACAAUACUAGACUGUUAAAGAAUUUUUGAAUUAAUUUUUUGUUUUUAAAGAUCUAUUCUGAAGCGAAUUAUAUUACAGAUAGGGAGAGAGAAAGAAAGAGUAUUCUUUUUGAAACUAAGCCAUGAACAUUUAAAUAGAAACAUCGGAUAACAAAUGUACGAAUAAUCCAUUUGUAUCCAAAUCUAUUAACAGAGAUACAUAAUUGUUAUUUAUAUAGUGAAUGAAAUACUGCAACUAUUAGAUUUAUUAGAUUGUAUUUAUAAAAGAGCU